AUGUUUGAAAAAUGUUGGUAUGAGACUGCUGAAAAUAAACUUAUCAUUUGGGAAGGCGUUUGUGCUUUUUGGCAUCCUCUGGACAAAAAUGUUACCCUGGUAAAACUUGGGCGCUCUAACGAAGCAACUUUUUUAUCAUUUGGUCUUUGGAAUAGAAAAAUAACUUCUGAAGGCUAUUGGAUGUGUGCUGAGCUUUGCGGCUGUUAUGCAGAUGGAACUAGAUUUUUUUAUCACAGCAAAUCUCCUACAGAAGCCAUACACUUACUAACGGAGGUGUCGCUGCGCUUGGGCUCUGAACUUCAGGACUUAACAAUCAGAAUUGAUCCAGACCCAUUUCGUAGAGAUAAUAAGCAGUGGAUAGAAGACCGUUUAAACGUUUGGCAGUCGCUGACUUCAAGCUUUCCUCUAACUGACUUCAAACUCGUAUUGGAUUCCAAUAUGCCACUGUAA